CAGUAUGUUCUGUAUGUCAAAGUGCAGCACUUGUCUCUGCCACCAGGGGAGUGUCGUCCAUUAAAGGUUUUCUCCUUCAGCUGCUCCUUCCUUCCUAACCACGGUCACGCUGUCAUUAGGCACCCGGCUCCCGAGCCCUGACACAAAGCCUAACAAAAUGAAGAUCUGGACGUCAGAGCAUAUUUUCGACCAUCCAUGGGAGACAGUGACCAAGGCGGCAAUGCAAAAGUACCCCAACCCCAUGAACCCCGGUGUGUUUGGUGUGGAUGUUCUGGACAGAAGCGUGGACACAGAGGGCCGGUUACACAGCACGCGACUGCUCAGCACUGAGUGGGGACUACCCUCUAUGGCUAAGUCUAUCAUUGGGGUAACAAGAACGUGCACUUAUGUUCAGGAACAUUCAGUGGUGGACCCCAAAGAGAAGAGCUUUGAGCUAAAAUCUACAAAUAUCUCCUUCACUAACCUGGUAUCUGUGGACGAGAAGUUGACGUACAAGCCACAUCCACAGGAUCCUGAGAAAACGGUGCUGACACAAGAGGCUCUGAUCAGUGUGAAAGGGAUCAGUCUGAGCAGCUACCUCGAAGGUCUCAUGGCCAAGACCAUCUCUGUCAACGCCGGGAAGGGUCGGGAGGCAAUGGAGUGGGUUAUCAGACGAUUAAACACAGAGAUCGAGGAGUUGGCGGCCACCGCUCGUGGUACUAUACGUGCUCCGAUGGCAGCCGCUGUUGCAGACAAAUGAUCCCGGCCUUCCCCCGCUGAUUUCUCCACCGUAACAAACCGAUGGACCUCUCAGACGUCCUCUCACCUUAUCUGCCAGCAAACCCUGAUAACCACAGCCCUAUCCUUUGGCCCUAUAUUCGUUUGAAUGUGUUCCCUCCUCGGUAGUCUACAUCAACAAGUUUGCUGCAGGUAGUGGCGGGGAACGUUGAGCUGAUGACAGUUUAAAAAAAGAAAAAAAAACUGGCUUGAAUUUGAUUGCACUUGAAGCUCAUAAGACUCAAUCUUGUGAUGUUAAAGCUCUUUUUUUCUUUUUUUUCUUUUUUUUUAAUAUACACUGUGCCUUUACAUCUCAUUAAUUUCUUCUUUCUCCCUUUCAUCGUGAACUUUUCAUCUCUUUUUGUUUCCAUAUCCUUGCAAGCAGGUUUGAAGUCUAAAUCAGAAUCCCAAUAUGAAGUCACUUUUCCACAAAUCUUUUCUAGGAUUAGCUAACCUUGAUUUGUACAGCAGAACGGACUAAAAUAUUUAUAUUUAAAAAAAAAAAAAGAGAGAGAGAAGAAAAUCGCCAUGCCAACAUGCUGCAACAAAGUUAGCGCUGCUUCAGUAGCCUUGUGAUUUCAAAGCUCCAGCUUUCUAGUCUCCACUGCCCUGCGUCGGUUGGUUUUUGCCCCACCUGGACUUUCUUGCAGAUGGAUUUGCUGCGAGCUGCAGUGUGAUUGGUUAGUAGUAAAAACUGGUGCAGCUCAGAAGAAUCAGUUCAGGUGAAGUUGCAAUACAGGAAAGCCAGUUUGUGUGUGUAGUUACACGGUGCUGUUGCAAAUUGUAUUUGUCCAAAUUACAUUAGACUGUGUUCCUUCUGGUGGGAGUCUACCAGCAUGGUGGACUGGUCUUCAGAUGUUCUGGUCUUCUGCUGGGUUCAAAUGACUUGAUUUCUUAAAGUCUCUUGCCUUUGUUAGUAUUUUCUCAAACCAUGUGCUGUAAAGUGAAGUGUUACAAUAUAAUAAUGUGCAAACAUGAAUAUUAACUUAUUUUCAGCAUGUGUACAUAAAUACACUUAAAAGGCAGGAAGUCCUUACAGUGUCGCGCUGCAAAAUAAGUGAGUACUGUGCAACAUGUAGGCAGCUGACCAGCUUUUUGAUGUGUUGUGAACGUUCACCAGUGUUACAGGAGGAGCUCCGCAGGGUUAUGUUCAGAAUCGGUGGGCCAACAUAACGUUAAGAUUAAAAAAAACUACAGAUGUAAUACCCCUAAACACUGAUUAUGAACAAAUCCACUCUGUGUGCUCUAUUUUCAUACUGUCUAAAGAUGGUUUUAUUUAUAGUAUAUUAGUGAACAUUGACAAAGGCUGGUAAAUUGACUUGAAAAUCUGUUAGCUCAUGGUAUUUCUAUGCUACAUUUCCAUAACUUUGUAACUCUUUGUUCUUCCCUUCUUCUUUCUUGACAUUUGAAUAAGAACCGGUCUGAAAACUGAAGUUUACAUCAAUAGGGUUUGGGUUACAGCGACAGCUUCUUUACAGCAUCUGUUCAUGGAGCUCAGCAUCACGCGUCAGAAGAUGCUCCAUGAUUGACUCCGUUAAAUAGAUCUCGUAGUCACACCUGCUUCAUUUUAAAAGCUUUCUCCUAAUUUAACUUCUGUUUAGCUAAAUAUCACUCCGUUUAUGUUCGGUCUGCUGCCUAACCGAUCCAUCGGACAGUCCGUAUCCUAAUUGUCUCUUUUUAUGACUGAAAAGUUGUGUUUUUCUAUGGGGAACAUUUUAGGAACAGGGGCUGUAAAUAGUCUUAAAUUAAUAUUUUGGUGGUUACAUUCCAAGAAUGUGAACAUAUAGCAGAAUGAAAAGUUUCAAAAUAAAGAGAUGUCAUUGUUUCAUGAA